CCGCUGACCAGAAGAGAAUAUAACACAGAUGCACAAGAUGUGCAUCGCUCGAUCUCGUUGGCGAACUCCAGGAGUCCUUUCUUUCUCUGUCCGUCGCGUCCGGAGAUGAGUUACAGUUCGAGAAUGUCUGCAGGCGAUAGCCGACCAUCGGAGGGAGAAUUCGGUGCCGAUGGCGACAGCGGCUUUCUCGGCAAUGUGAUCGUGUCUGCAAUAGACAAUCGACCCAUUUCAUUUCAUUGCGUGUGUGUGUGUGUCUGCCUUCUCGUACUCGCGUCCUGGGGUGCCGUAGGAGGGGGAUUUGGUGUGACUGGUCGGGAUGCGCCUGUCAGGGCGACGAGAACCUAUAGCAAAUGACACAAAUGCGACAUAGGUGACAAAGGCCGACAUCUUUCCUGCGCAUCAAGUGUCAACCUGCUGGGCCGUCGGUCGCCUGUUGGGGUCUUUCUCGAAGCACAUCUGAGGCACGAGCACAUUUCGAUCAGCGCAGGAGUCUUCUUGAGGCCUCUGCAAGUACCAGAAUGAUCUGUCGCACGUGUGGAGGGAACAGCUUGCCAGUGGGAACCUCAGGCUGUCACAUGCAAGAGAAACGCUGAUCGAAUAUGUACAUGGGUACAUGCAUACCUUGACUCCUUGACCAUGCAAUCUCAUCGCCUCCGUAUGAGCUGCCUCCGGACUCAGCGACCCCAACUCAGCAAACGGCCUCUUUCCUGUAGAACGAAGGCGCGAAAGGACGCGGUGAGCAGCAAGACAGCAGCUUACCGCCAAGUAUCUCCACCAAAACGCAUGCCAGCGCCCAUAUGUCGGCUGCAAAUGAUAUUGGGUUGUCUGCAAAGGCCGAUCAGAAAGAAUACGAGGACAAAUGGUCAGGUACGGCGCCUCACUCCUGUCAUAGGUCUCGGGUGCCAUGAAGCCAUGUCUUCCUAGGCCUGUGAAAGCACACAUAGAUUUGUUUCUAUGUGCCCGCAAUAUCUCUCCUGCUCUCACCGUGAGUGACCGAUUUGCUCGUGCUCAGCAGGAUUCUCGCGAGGCCAAAGUUGGUGAUCUGAGAGUAACUUGUAAAGAUUGCUAGUACCGGGGCCUGUCUGUUCACUUUACCUUGAUGCUACCUCCGGCAUCGACCUGAGUAAAGAGACAGCAGGACCGAGUGGUGGCCAAAGCUCACGGCUGAAGACAAGUCGCGUGGCUUACGAGUAUGUUGCUUGGUUUGAGGUCGCGAUGGAUGACCUUGUGUGCGUGAAGGGCAACAAUGCCCUCGCAAAUCUGACCACAGACAGGGCGCCGAGACUCCUUGCACUGUAAUCUCAACUGAGUAUGAUUGUGCCGUUGCGAUAUACCUGCACGGCCAGUUUCUGGCGGAUGCUGUCGUCAAGACGCCCGUCUUUAGCCAGCCGUUCGAUGUACUUGUGCACGGGGCCACCGGUACACAGCUCUGACAGAUACAAGGGCAGAGAGAAAGGGGCAUUACCGAACCUGCGCAUUUCUACAGUGCGUACCUGUGACGAUUAUUGGCUUCCCGUCCUGCUCAGCCAGCCCAUGGAGCUUGAUCAAACGAGGAUGCUUGGCGCGGAGAACGUGACUGAGUAGCAAAACUUCCUUCUGCGCUUCCUUCAUCGAUGAUUCGUCUGCACAUACGACCCAUUGUGCACGCUGUGUGAGUUCUCGCCCCACAGGUCCUCCACAAGCACUCACCAGCAUCUUGGCUGCCACAGACAAGCCCUUAGGUUUCCACCUGGCCUUAAACACAGUCCCUCUUCCACCCGAGCCUGUUUGACCAGAGACAUACACGAAGCCAUCUGUCAAGUACGCCACCGACUCCUGCGUCGCAUACCGAGAACACCGCCAAACCCGGACACUUCGAGCUCAUCUGCCUUGAUGUAGUUUAAGACCUGGUCAUCCAUACUGAAACUAGUCGUCGCGCCUACACCACAUAUCCCACAACACAUUCACACGACACGCAACAUGAGCACAAGCACACCGCCUCCUCCCUCGUCUGUGUGUGUUUUGUCGACAUGUUCGUACCUUUCGCAGCGGCGCCAGUGGGCGACAGGAUGCUCCUGGCUAGCUUGCUCCUGGCCAAGUUGAUCCUCUGCUCCUCGAUGCGCUCCUGCUCUGCACUGAGGACCUUGAUACGAUACAUGUCGUUCUGCCGCUGGUCGCCGUCGAAGCCGCCGAGGAUGUGCAUGUACCCCCGGUGCAUGACGGCCCGGUGCCACGUGCGGCCAGACGGCACGUCGCCGUGCGUCUCCAACUGCGUCCAGGUGCGCGCCUGGCAGUCGAACACGUGGAUAUCUGUGUGGAGCAGGUAGGUAGAGAGGGAAAGAAGACACAACAAAGCAACAUGUGUUGUGUGGUGUGGUGUGGUGUGCGUGUUUGCAUGUGUGGUGUUUGGCUGGGUUCGUGCCGGCGUAUCGCGUAUGUGUCUCGUCGACGCCGCCGAAGACGAACAUCUUGGUCCCACCGAUCACAGCAGAAUGCCUGCACGGCACACAUGCGCACCACACACAGAUACACGAUGGUUUCUGGGGUAUGUUGUGGUGUGGUGUGGUGGGUGGGUGGGUGGGUGGGUGCCUGUAUCUGGAUUUGGGUGCGCUUCCCCUGGGCUCCACCUUGAUCCACUCGUUGGUGCCAAACACAUACUCAUACAAAUCCGAUAACGUGUUCUGCCCGUUCCAACCGCCAAAUACAUACCUGCACACACACCCAUCACACACACACACAUACGAACAAAUACAAUGGCACACCACUCUUUCCACCCACCCACCCCCGCCCACACACACACACACACACACACACACUACUAAGCUUACAUGCCAUUCUCGUAGACGACGGCCGUGUGCCCGAAUCGGUUUUCAGGCGGGUUCUGCGCUGACCCGUUCGCCAGCCACCUCUUGCUCUCGCCCGCUAGGCUCAGCACACCCACAUCGUUCAACCGGUUGGAGCCAUCAAACCCACCGAAGAUGUAGGCAGUGGUGCCGUAGAGCACCAUGCUGUGGUCACUGCGGUGGGCGGGCGGCUCCCCGAUGGGCUUGAUGGGCGCCCAUCGGCAGCGGGCGAUGUCAAACUCGUGCACGUCGUUGAAGUACUCGCCGCCCUUCCCGGUAAACCCGCCGAAGAAGUACAGCUUGCCCUCGUAUGCGAUGCCCUGACAGUUGGACCGGGCAUUGGGCGGGCGGGAGGGGCCGGAGUCGUCCGCCACCAACUGCCACAGACUGUUCUCUGCCCAGGUGAAGGAAUGGCAACACACACACACACACACACACAAACACACACACACAGAGAGAGAGAGAGAGAGAGAGAGAACGUGAGAGAGAGAGAGUCAUGCUUUCCUCUCAGCGACUUCACCGAUAUUGAAGGCGUAGAGAUCAUUUUGGCGUGCCGUCUUGUCGGUGCCGCCGAACAGGUACAAAACGUCCUCAUAGAGGACCACGGCAUGCCCCGAGCGGGGCAAGUAGACGUCGCCGCUGGUCUGAAUUUGCUCCCACUGGCACUCCAUCCUCCGCCCGUUGGAUGCCGCCGUUCGUCUAUAACGGGCGUGCCAGUAAGUGGAGUGGUGGCGGCUCUCCCCCACAGGCCCCCAACG